AUGAAGCUAGAACAAGAGCGUUUUUGUGCCAUUCAAAGAGACAACAAACACUUGAUGGAUCGAUUGGCGACAAUUCAGAGAAAAGGAGGUUGGAUCGAUCAUAAAAACUUUCACGAAAUUAAAAGCAUGAAUACCUGGAAACGACAACAAGAAAUGAUUGAACUUGCAUACAAUAAUCAGGCCAUGUUAAUGAGAUUACUCGAUUGCCAUUCGCAUUACAACCACCAUAAACUGGAGGAUGAAUACUUGUUAUCGAGGAAGCAUAAAGCGAAUAUACAGAAGUAUACAAAAGAUUGGAGAAAAGUCUUGUACCAGAUGAAAUGCCUCAGAAAACGUAUAAGAGAGAAAGUUAUAAGUGCGCGUAUGGGAAAGCCUCAGAAGGUUAAAACAGACAAAGAGGAAUUAAAAGAAAUUGAAAAGGAAGCGAUUGAAAUGGAAAAAGCUGAAAAAGAAGCCAAACGAAUAAAGGAGUUGAAAGAAUUGGAAAGCAAGGAAAAGUCAGAAAGACUGAAAGCCAUACAAGAGCGAAAACGGGCAGUGGAAGAGUGGAAGAAAGCAUCGGCAGAAUGGAGAAAGGCGAGAGAGGAGAGAUUGAGACUCGCGGAAGAAAAGAAAGCCGACGAGAAACGAAAACUAGCCGAAGUCAAAGAGCGCGAAAGAGAGAGACAAAAGAAAAAGCGAGAAAAAAUAAAGAAGGAGCUGGAGGAAUGGAGAGAAUGGAAAGCUGAAAAUGAAAAGAUUAAAAAGGAAAAAGAAAAAAUAGCUAGAGAAGAGAAGAAAAGGAAAGCUGCCGAAGCUCGAAGAAAGGCCAAAGAACGAGAAAUGGAAGUCGCUAAAGACGCAGGAAGUUCGUACGAAGAUUCAUUUGAGAGUGAUUCAAGUUUCAGCGAGUCUGAAAUUUCUGAUGAAAGUGAGAAAGACGUGCUUUCAAGAGCACCUUCCAAAACUGUGGUCUUCUUUGAGGAUGGGCAAGAAGUGGAUGUCAUUGAAACUGAGAUUGUGGAAGAUUUCAGAGCUGAUGAGACUGAAUUGAGAGCUGAAAGGGAGAAAGCGAAAAAGGAGUUGAAACUGAAGGUUGAUGUAGCACAACCAGAGGAUGAUUUCGGAGUUGAUAACACCAAGCUGGUUAAAACAAAAUUCGUAUUUAAGAGCAAAGAUACGGUGUAUGAAGACACCGUCUCCGAUAGAGAAGCAGAUCUAAAAACAGAGACAGACGAUACGAAAUCGGAUGAAACUUCAGAUAAAGUUGGACGUGAACAAACUAAGGAUAAAAGGUAUGAAUAUGAAGAAAAAGUUCCUCCGACUAAAACAGUAGAAGAUGUUGAUUCUGCACUGGAUAUUUUAUUGGAUGCACCGGAAAGUGCUGGUGAAGAUUCGGAAUCUGAAAAUGAAAAAUAGUGAAUAGAAAACUAAAUUGUCUGACAAUGGUUUUAAGGGCACACUAAUAGAUAUUAAUGCCACGAAAGACUAAAGCAAAGAAUUUUUAUGAAUAGUUAAAAGAUAAAUUACAAUAUUUGGAGCUUUUAUAAUAUAAAAAUAAAGAAUACGUCAAUCAGGCUUUCAAACUU